UUCUCUUUUUAGCUUUUUUUCUCUUUAGGGUGGCGCACACAAUACAAAGGACACGCACAGACUCCGCGCGCACAUAACACUACACUUACACACCACCGCCACUCUUACCAUCUAAAAUCACACGCAAAUCUAUCCAAUUAAAGCCUAAAAAUACUGACUUUUAACCUUUAGCUCUUACCCUGCCACUUGCGCACACAUUCGAUUCGAUUGAUCGAGUCUUCUUUAAGCUUUUCAGAGAGAGAAGGGAUUGUUCUUUUCUUUUUGUUUGUAUUUUUGAUGUGAUUUGAGUGAGAGAGAAGAAGAAGAAGAAGGGGAGUUUCUUGUUUGUGUUGUAUUUCUUAGUUGUUACUCUUUCUAACUGGCAGUGAAAUGUUUUAAUAAAGGCCAUUUUAAUCCAAAAUACCCAUGUCCUGAUUCCUCCAUUAACGGUCAUUUCAUUUCUCUUUCUCUCUUGCAUUUAUAGCUAUGUAAAUGUACGCAUUCCCCACAUCUUCUUCUUAAAGUCCCCCUCUCUCUCUCUUCCCCUUCCUGUAGUGGGAUCUCAAAUUGAAGUGACCAUUUGAAACUGAAAGGAGCUGUUGUACCCUUCUAAAAUUCUAGCUCAUUUAAGAAGUUGGGGAUGUUGACGUGUAUAGCUUGUUCAAAGCAGCUUAACAAUGGAUCUCUGCACCAGAGAGAGAGGGAGGAGGAUGAUGCCCUGGAGACGCCCAGGACUAGGCAGGCUAUCAAGGCUAUUACUGCUCAGAUAAAGGAUAUGGCAUUAAAGGCAUCAGGAGCAUACAGAAACUGCAAGCCUUGUUCUGGACUAUCAAACAAUAACCGUAAUGGGAAUUAUGUUGACUCUGAUGCUGCCUCAGAAUCAGCAAGGUUUCACUGCUCAUACCGUAGAACAGGGAGUUCCAAUUCAACCCCGAGAAUGUGGGGGAAAGAGAUGGAGGCGAGAUUAAAAGGGUUAUCAAGUGGCGAAGGAACACCUGCAUCAGUUAGUGGGAGAACAGAGUCGGUGGUGUUUAUGGAGGAAGAUGAACCUAAGGAUUGGGUUGCACAAGUGGAACCUGGUGUUCUAAUUACCUUUGUUUCUUUGCCUCAGGGUGGGAAUGAUCUCAAGCGGAUUCGUUUCAGUCGAGAAAUAUUCAACAAAUGGCAAGCUCAAAGGUGGUGGGCAGAGAACUAUGACAAGGUUAUGGAAUUAUACAAUGUUCGACGGUUCAAUCAACAAGCAGUCCCACUUCCAACUCCUCCACGAUCUGAAGAUGAAAGCUCAAAGCCUGAAUCUGCCAAAGACAGCCCCGUGACUCCACCACUAGGCAAAGAACGCCCCCGCAACUUCUAUCGUCCAGGUGGAAUGGGAUAUUCUUCUUCAGACUCACUUGACCACCACCCAAUGCAAUCCCGUCAAUAUUAUGACUCGGCUGCUCUUGCUUCAACUCCAAAGCUCUCUAGCAUUAGUGGGGCCAAAACUGAGGCAUCAUCUGUGGGAGGAUCUGCUAGGACUAGUUCAUCGAGAGAGGCAGAUCACUCGGGAGAGCUUUCCAUCAGUAAUGCAAGUGAUAUGGAAACUGAAUGGGUUGAGCAGGAUGAACCAGGAGUAUACAUCACAAUCAGAGCAAUGCCAGGUGGCACCCGAGAGCUUAGGCGCGUCAGGUUCAGCCGGGAAAGAUUUGGAGAAAUGCAUGCAAGGUUGUGGUGGGAGGAGAAUCGAGCCAGGAUACAAGAACAGUACUUAUGAUUUAGCAAACUGACGGGAGGUGGUGCUUUCUUGUCCUUCUAACUCACAUAGUUUAAACAUUUAAUGGGCUUUGAGACUUCCAUUGACAAAGCUUCUCACAACUGCACCUCAUAGCCACUUGGUCUGCUAAACAUGUCCUUUUUUAUUCUUUCCCUUUGUUUAUUUUCUUUUAAUUUGACUUAAUGAUGCGCAAUUGUUGGGAUGCCUUGGAAUUUGGUUAAUGGGUGCAGAAUUAGAAAAGCUGGUGGAAAGUGUUGAUUAUGAUGUUCAUACAUGUCUAAUGUCUUCUUCUUAGUGAUAUAUACUCCAUGAGACUAAUCUCAUUAACUCUCUUGCUUUUUAA